AUGCGCGUUUCCGUAAUUUCUAUCGCUGCUGCUGUCAUCUGUUUAUUAGCAAGUAGUGCUAAUGAUGUUCAAGCCAUUUCUCAAUCGGCUGCUGGUACCGUUCCUGCUCCUACCCAAAGUCAAGGUCAACAUGCUGCCAACGAUACAGAUCCAUCGACCACCACUCCUGCCCAAGAUCAAGGACGAAACAAACAAGAAGAGCAGCCUGUCGAUAUCAGUUCUGAGUGGAUGUCCCCUGAAGAACUUGCUGAAAUACAACAACUAAAGCAACAAAAAAGCCAACCUGCUUCUGGUUCACAAUGGAUGACCUCUGAAGAUCUUGCCAAAGCUCAAAGUCAAGGCCAGGGGCAAAGCCAAGAUCAAGGUCAAAGCAAAGGUCAGGGUCAAGAAGCAUCCAACAGCCAACAAAAACGAAGCCAACAACAACCUGCAGAAAGCAAUAGUAAAACUCCUGCCAACCCCGAGCAAAACUUUCUUUCUGCGGUAACUAAAAAUGUGCCGGUUAGCAAACUUACUGCCCUUAGUCAAGCUGCACCACUGGCAAAGCGUCAGAUACCGGAUCAGGGCCAAGGUCAAAAUCAAGAUCAAAGUCAAAGUCAAGGUGAAGGUCAAGUUCAAGUUCAAGGUCAAGGUCAAGGUCAAGGCCAGGGUCAAGAAGCAUCCCAAGGUCACGGAAAAGAAAGCCAACAACAACCUGCGGAAAGCCAUAGUAAACCUCCCGCCAAUCCAAAGCAGGACUUAUUUGCCAUGUUAGCUAAACAUCUGCCGGUUAGUAAACUUGCUGCCCUUACUCAAGCUGCACCACUGGCAAAGCGUCAAAUGCCAGAUCAAGGCCAAGGUCAAGGUCAAGGCUUAGAUCAGAGUCAAGCUCAAAGUCAAGCUCAAAGUCAAGCUCAAAGUCAAGCUCAAAGUCAAGCUCAAGGCCAGGGUCAAGAAGCAUCCCAAGGUCACGGAAAAGAAGCGUCCCAAGGUCAAGGAAAAGAAAGUCAACAACAACCUGCGAAAAGCAAUAGUAAACCUCCCGCCAAACCAGAACAAGACUUAUUCGCUAUGCUAGCUAAACAUCUGCCUAUUAGCAAACUUGCUGCCCUUACUCAAGCUGCACCACUGGCAAAGCGUCGAAUGCGUAAGCGAGGAUCAGAAGUUGAUGCCGACGAGGUUGAUUUAAAGCAGCUUCCAAAGCUUUGUGCCGCAUAUUGGAAACAACAAGAAGAUGAUGCGCAAGCCGUUAACGCCAAAGUCCCUGAGUAUGCUGGUGCCUGUGAUCAAAUUGCUAACUCUUGGAAAGCUUACUACAACCGAAAACAGCAAGAGUUAGAACGACAGCAGCAAGAGUUAGAACGACAAAAGCAACAGAAAGAAUUGCAACAACAAAUAAAGGAGCUGCAGCAGCAGUUGCAACAACAACAAGAGCUACAACAGCAACAUCAACAGCAACAGCAGCAGCAGCAGCAGACACAACAGCAACAGCCACAACAACCCCAGCAACAGCAAUCUCAACAACCUCAGCAACAGUCAUCCAAUCCAAACAACUAUUAUACUUCUUCUCUUCAGCAUUCCUAA